CCGCCGCUCUGCCGCCGCCGCUCCCGCCGCCAUUUUGGGUUCGCUUUGCGGAGGGGGAGCCGAUCCCCGUCGCGCCUGCGGGACCGCCUCCCCUCGGCGGCCCCUGCUCAGCCCCACGCCUUUCCCUUCUCUUCGCUCGCGUUUCCGCCAGUCCGCGCACCGCGGGCCGCCUCCUGACAAGCGGCGGGGACGCGGAGGAGCCUGCUGGCGGCCGCCCCCCUUCCCCUCUUCCCUGCACUCUGCUCUCGCUCGGCCUCGGCCUCUGACACGAUACUUGUCCUGGAUCUUGAUUGGAUAUAUGCUUAGAAUAAAAACUAGUCUAUCAAUCUUCAAGAAUAGUGGAUUGUUUUGGUUUUAUAUUUGCUAGUCAGCCUUCUGAUUAUAUGGUAAUCUGGUUUCCUGAAGAUCUUUAUUUAUGAGAAGGAGGUUGCCCUGUGUAGAUUAUUCAGAUUCACAGAGAAAGAGAUGCUGGAUGCAAGUUUUGGAGAUCCCUGUUUUUUAUGGAACACAGUUCUGUAAAAUUUCCCUAAGCUUCCUUGGCAAUAACAGACACUUGUGAUGGACCCUAGAAAUACUGCUAUGUUAGGAUUGGGUUCUGACUCUGAAGGAUUUUCAAGAAAGAGUCCCUCUGCCGUCGGUACUGGCCCAGUGGUCAGCAAGAGAGAAGGAGAGCUAGAGAACAGCACAAAAGAGGAAGAGGACCUUCGCAAGUGGAAUCGGGAAAGAAACAGCGAAGCAGGGAAGGAGGAUGGUUUGACUGAUGCACAGCAACAGUUUUCAGUGAAAGAAACAAACUUUUCAGAGGGAAACUUAAAAUUGAAAAUUGGCCUUCAGGCCAAGAGAACUAAAAAACCUCCAAAAAACUUGGAGAACUAUGUAUGUCGACCUGCCAUAAAAACAACUAUCAAGCACCCAAGGAAAGCACUUAAAAGUGGGAAGAUGACAGAUGAGAAGAAUGAGCACUGUCCUUCAAAACGGGACCCUUCAAAGUUGUACAAGAAAACAGGUGAUGUUGCAGCCAUUGAAUGCCAAUCUGAAGAGAGCAUCCAUCUUCAUUCACAGGGAGAAAACAGUCCUUUGUCUAAGAAGCUUUCUCCAGUGCACUCAGAAAUGACAGAUUACAUUAAUGCGGCAUCAUCUACUCUUGUUGGUAGCCGGGAUCCUGAUUUAAAGGACAGAGCGUUACUUAAUGGAGGAACGAGUGUAACAGAAAAGUUGGCACAGCUCAUUGCAACUUGUCCUCCCUCUAAGUCUUCCAAGACUAAACCGAAGAAGUUAGGAACUAGCACUGCUGCAGGACUGGUUAGCAAGGAUUUGAUCAGGAAAGCAGGUGUUGGCUCUGUAGCUGGAAUAAUACAUAAAGACUUAAUAAAAAAACCAGCUAUCAGCACAGCAGUUGGAUUGGUAACUAAAGAUCCUGGGAAAAAGCCAGUGUUUAAUGCAACAGUAGGAUUGGUCAAUAAGGACUCUGUGAAAAAACUAGGAGCUGGCACGACAGCGGUAUUCAUUAAUAAAGACUUAGGCAGAAAGCCAGGGACUGUCACUACAGUAGGACUGCUGAGCAAGGAUUCAGGAAAGAAGCUAGGAAUUGGUAUUGUUCCAGGUUUAGUGAAUAAGGAAUCUGGAAAGAAGUUAGGACUCGGCACUGUGGUCGGACUGGUUAAUAAAGACUUGGGCAAGAAGUUGAGUUCUACUGUUGGCCUCGUGGCCAAGGACUGUGCAAAGAAGAUUGUAGCCAAUUCAACAAUGGGAUUAGUUACUAAGGACAUGGGAAAGAAACUAGUGAGUUGUUCUAUGGCAGGACUGAUCAGUAAAGAUGCCAUAAACCUUAAAGCCGAAGCACUGCUCCCCACUCAGGAACCACUUAAGGCUUCUUGUAGUACAAACAUCAGUAGUCAUGAAAGUCAGGAACUUCCUGAAUCCCUGAAAGAUAGUACCACCAGCAAAACUUUUGAGAAGAAUGUUAUACGGCAGAGUAAAGAGAGCAUAUUGGAAAAGUUCUCAGUUCGAAAAGAAAUCAUUAAUUUGGAGAAAGAAAUGUUUAAUGAAGGAACAUGCAUUCAGCAAGACAGUUUCUCAUCCAGUGACAGGGGGCCUUAUGAAACCUCAAAGCAUGAAAAGCAACCUCCCGUAUAUUGCACUUCUCCGGACUUUCAAAUGGGAGCUGCUUCUGAUGCAUCUACAGCAAAAUCCCCUUUUAGUGCAGUAGGAGAAAGCAAUCUCCCUUCCCCAUCACCUACUGUAUCUGUUAAUCCUUUAACCAGAAGUCCCCCUGAAACUUCUUCACAAUUGACCCCUAAUCCGUUACUUUUAAGUCCUACCACAGAAUUAAUGGAAGAAAUUUCUGAAUCUGUUGGCAAGAACCAGUUUCCUUCUGAAAGUACCCACUUGAACAUUGGUCAUAGGUCUGUGGGUCACAGCAUGAAUAUUGAAUGUAAAGGGAUCGAUAAAGAGCUAACUGAUUCAAAAACUACACAUAUAGAUAUUCCAAGAAUAAGCUCUUCCCUGGGAAAAAAGCCAAGUUUGACUUCUGAAUCCAGUAUUCACGCAAUUACCCCUUCAGUUGUUAACUUCACUAGUUUAUUUAGUAACAAGCCCUUUCUAAAACUUGGUGCAGUAACUGCAUCUGACAAACACUGCCAGGUUGCUGAAAGCCUCAGCUCUAGUUUGCAGUCCAAACCAUUAAAAAAAAGGAAAGGAAGAAAACCUCGGUGGACUAAAGUGGUGGCACGAAGCACAUGCCGGUCUCCAAAAGGGCUAGAACUAGAAAGAUCAGAGCUUUUUAAAAAUGUUUCAUGUAGCUCACUAUCAAAUAGUAAUUCCGAGCCAGCCAAGUUUAUGAAAAACAUUGGACCAUCUUCAUUUGUAGAUCAUGACUUCCUUAAACGUCGAUUGCCAAAGUUGAGCAAGUCCACAACUCCAUCUCUUGCUCUCUUAACUGAUAGUGAAAAACCAUCUCACAAGGCUUUUGCUCCUCACAAACUAUCCUCCAGUAUGUGUGUCUCUAGUGACCUUUUGUCUGAUAUUUAUAAGCCCAAAAGAGGAAGACCUAAAGCUAAGGAGAUGCCUCAACUGGAAGGUCCACCUAAAAGGACUUUAAAAAUACCUGCCUCUAAAGUUUUUUCUUUGCAGUCUAAGGAAGAACAAGAACCCCCAAUUUUACAGCCAGAAAUUGAAAUUCCUUCCUUCAAACAAAGUCUUUCUGUGUCUCCCUUUCCGAAAAAACGAGGCAGACCUAAGAGGCAGAUGAGGUCACCGGUCAAGAUGAAGCCACCUGUACUCUCAGUGGCUCCGUUUGUUGCCACUGAGAGUCCAAGCAAGCUGGAGUCUGAAAGUGACAACCAUCGAAGCAGCAGUGAUUUCUUUGAGAGUGAGGAUCAGCUUCAGGACCCAGAUGAUCUGGACGACAGUCAUAGGCCAACUGUCUGCAGCAUGAGUGACCUUGAGAUGGAACCAGAUAAAAAAAUUUCUAAGAGAAACAAUGGACAGUUAAUGAAAACAAUUAUCCGCAAAAUAAAUAAAAUGAAGACUUUAAAGAGGAAGAAACUGUUGAAUCAGAUUCUUUCAAGCUCUGUAGAAUCAAGUAAUAAAGGGAAAGUGCAAUCCAAACUCCAUAAUACAGUGUCAAGUCUUGCUGCCACGUUUGGCUCUAAAUUGGGCCAACAGAUAAAUGUCAGCAAGAAAGGAACCAUUUACAUAGGAAAGAGAAGGGGUCGAAAACCAAAAACUGUCUUAAAUGGCAUUCUUUCUGGUAGCCCUACCAGCCUUGCUGUCCUUGAGCAAACCGCCCAGCAGGCAGCUGGUUCAGCAUUAGGACAGAUACUUCCCCCUUUACUGCCUUCCUCUGCUAGUAGUUCUGAGAUUCUUCCAUCACCUAUUUGCUCUCAGUCUUCUGGGACGAGUGGAGGUCAGAGCCCUGUAAGUAGUGAUGCAGGCUUUGUUGAACCCAGUUCAGUGCCAUAUUUGCAUUUACACUCCAGACAGGGCAGCAUGAUUCAGACUCUUGCAAUGAAGAAGGCCUCAAAGGGGAGGAGGCGACUCUCUCCUCCUACUUUGUUGCCAAAUUCUCCUUCACACUUGAGUGAACUCACCUCUCUGAAAGAAGCUACUCCUUCUCCCAUUAGUGAAUCUCAUAGUGAUGAGACCAUUCCCAGUGAUAGUGGAAUUGGAACAGAUAAUAACAGCACAUCAGACAGAGCAGAGAAAUUUUGUGGACAGAAAAAGAGGAGGCAUUCUUUUGAACAUGUUUCUCUGAUACCUCCUGAAACCUCUACAGUCCUGAGCAGUCUUAAAGAAAAACAUAAACAUAAAUGUAAGCGCAGGAAUCACGAUUACCUCAGCUAUGACAAGAUGAAAAGGCAGAAACGAAAACGGAAAAAGAAAUACCCCCAGCUCCGAAGCAGACAAGAUCCGGACUUUAUUGCAGAUCUGGAGGAAUUGAUAAGUCGUCUGAGUGAAAUUCGAAUCACCCAUCGAAGUCAUCAUUUUAUCCCCCGAGACUUGCUGCCAACUAUUUUUCGAAUCAACUUUAAUAGUUUCUAUACGCAUCCUUCUUUCCCCUUAGACCCUUUGCACUACAUUCGAAAACCUGACUUAAAGAAGAAGAGAGGGAGACCUCCUAAGAUGAGGGAGGCAAUGGCUGAGAUGCCCUUCAUGCAUAGCCUUAGUUUUCCUCUUUCUAGUACUGGAUUCUAUCCCUCCUAUGGCAUGCCUUAUUCUCCCUCACCCCUUACAGCCACUCCCCUAGGAUUAGGUUACUAUGGAAGGUACCCUCCCACUCUCUAUCCUCCUCCUCCUUCUCCUUCUUUCACCCCCCCACUUCCACCUCCUUCCUAUAUGCAUGCUGGUCAUUUACUUCUCAAUCCCACCAAAUACCAUAAGAAAAAGCAUAAGCUACUUCGACAGGAGGCCUUUCUCACAACCAGCAGGACUCCCCUCCUUUCCAUGAGUACCUACCCUAGUGUCCCUCCUGAGAUGGCCUAUGGUUGGAUGGUCGAGCACAAACAUAGGCACCGUCACAAGCACAGAGAACACCGUUCUUCUGAGCAACCCCAGGUUUCCAUGGACACUGGCUCUUCCAGAUCUGUUUUGGAGUCUUUGAAGCGCUAUCGAUUUGGAAAGGAAACUGUUGGAGAGCGAUAUAAACAUAAGGAAAAGCACCGAUGUCAUAUGUCCUGCCCUCAUCUCUCUCCUUCCAAAAGCUUAAUAAAUAGAGAAGAACAGUGGGUCCACCGAGAGCCUUCAGAAUCUAGUCCACUGGCUUUGGGAUUGCAAACACCUUUACAGAUCGACUGUUCGGAGAGUUCUCCAGGUUCAUCCCUUGGAGGGUUCACUCCCACCUCUGAUCCAGCUAGCAGUGACGAGCACACAAACCUUUUCACAAGUGCAAAAGUGCAAGGCAGCUGCAGAGUUUCAAACCCUAACUCCAGUGGCCGGAAGAAACUAACUGACAGUCCUGGACUGUUCUCUGCACAGGACACUGCACUAACUCGGCCUCACAGGAAAGAGCCACUGCCUUCCAGCGAAAGGGCGGUACAGACCAUGACAGGUUCUCAGCCAACCUCAGAAAAGUCUUCCCAGCGACCAUCAGAGAGCACAAACUGUAGCCCCACCCGGAAGAGGUCGUCAUCUGAGAGUACUUCUUCAACAGUAAACGGAGUUCCCUCUCGAAGUCCAAGAUUGCUUGCUUCCGGGGAUGACUCUGUGGAUAGUCUGCUGCAGCGGAUGGUCCAACAUGAGGACCAAGAGCCCCUGGAGAAGAAUAUAGAUGCUGUGAUUGCAUCUGCCUCGGGGCCACCUUCCUCCAGUCCAGGCCGCAGCCACAGCAGGGAGCGAGCCCUGGGAAAACCGGACGGCCUUCUGGCGCCCUCAGCCCCCAGUGACUCUUGCAGUAGCAGCAUCUCACUCCUGUCUGAGAAGUUGCCAAGCAGCUGCUCGCCCCAUCAUAUCAAGAGAAGUGUCGUGGAAGCCAUGCAGCGUCAAGCUCGGAAAAUGUGCAAUUAUGACAAAAUCUUGGCCACUAAGAAAAACCUGGACCAUGUCAAUAAAAUAUUAAAAGCCAAAAAACUUCAGAGACAGGCCAGGACAGGGAAUAACUUUGUGAAACGCAGACCAGGGCGACCUCGGAAAUGCCCCCUCCAGGCUGUGGUGUCAAUGCAAGCAUUCCAGGCUGCCCGGUUUGUCAGCCCUGACUCCAGUGAAGGCGAAGAAAGAGCAGCCCUGCCCCUCCGUCCCGACACAGUUACGGAUGUCAUUGAGGCUGUUGUACAGAGCGUAAACCUGAGUCCAGAACAUAAGAAGGGGCUGAAGAGGAAAAGUUGGCUGUUGGAAGAACAGACCAAGAAAAAGCAGAAGCCAUUCCCAGAGGAAGAGCAAGAGCAUACUAAAAGCUUUACUGAAGCAGCAGUUGAGAUUCCCAGUCCUCCUGAAACCCCAGCCAAGCCUCCCGAACCUGAAAAUACCUUGCAGCCUGUGCUUUCUCUCAUCCCAAGGGAAAAGAAGGCCCCACGUCCCCCAAAGAAGAAGUAUCAGAAAGCAGGGCUGUAUUCUGACGUUUACAAAACUACAGACCCAAAGAGCCGAUUGAUCCAAUUAAAGAAAGAGAAGCUGGAAUACACUCCAGGAGAGCAUGAGUAUGGACUGUUCCCAGCCCCCAUUCAUGUUGUUGUGAAUAAUGCUGCUAUGAACAUUGGUUUACAAUUCUCUGUUGAGGACCCCGCUUUCAAUUCUUUUGUCUAUAUACCCAGAGGUGGGAUUGCUGGCUCAUAUGGGAAGUAUCUAAGGCAAAAGAGAAUCGACUUCCAGCUUCCCUAUGACAUCCUUUGGCAGUGGAAGCACAAUCAGCUAUACAAAAAGCCAGAUGUCCCACUAUAUAAAAAAAUCCGUUCAAAUGUCUACGUUGAUGUCAAGCCCCUUUCUGGUUACGAGGCCACCACCUGUAACUGUAAGAAGCCAGAGGAUGACACCGGGAAGGGCUGUGUGGACGACUGCCUCAACAGAAUGAUCUUUGCUGAGUGUUCCCCCAACACUUGCCCCUGUGGUGAGCAGUGCUGUAACCAGAGGAUACAGAGGCAUGAGUGGGUACAGUGUCUAGAACGAUUUCGAGCUGAGGAAAAAGGUUGGGGAAUCAGAACCAAAGAACCCCUGAAAGCUGGGCAGUUCAUCAUUGAAUACCUAGGGGAGGUUGUCAGCGAACAAGAGUUCAGGAACAGGAUGAUUGAGCAGUAUCAUAAUCACAGUGACCACUAUUGCCUGAACCUGGAUAGUGGGAUGGUGAUUGACAGUUACCGGAUGGGGAAUGAGGCCCGAUUCAUCAACCACAGCUGUGACCCAAACUGUGAAAUGCAGAAAUGGUCUGUCAACGGAGUCUACCGGAUUGGACUGUAUGCUCUUAAAGACAUGCCAGCUGGUACUGAACUCACUUACGAUUACAACUUCCAUUCCUUUAAUGUGGAAAAACAGCAACUGUGUAAGUGUGGCUUUGAGAAAUGUCGAGGAAUCAUCGGGGGCAAGAGUCAGCGCGUGAAUGGACUCACCAGCAGCAAAAGCAGCCAGCCUGUGGCUACACAUAAAAAGUCUGGACGGUCAAAAGAGAAGAGAAAGUCUAAGCACAAGCUGAAGAAAAGGAGAGGCCACCUCUCCGAAGAACCCAGUGAAAACAUCAACACUCCAACAAGAUUGACCCCCCAAAUACAAAUGAAGCCGAUGUCUAAUCGAGAGAGGAACUUUGUGUUAAAGCAUCAUGUAUUCUUGGUCCGAAACUGGGAGAAGAUUCGGCAGAAACAAGAGGAAGUAAAGCACACCAGUGAUAAUCUCCACUCAGCAUCAUUAUACACCCGCUGGAAUGGCAUCUGCCGAGAUGACGGGAACAUCAAGUCUGACGUCUUCAUGACCCAGUUCUCCGCCCUGCAGACGGCGCGGUCAGUUCGAACAAGACGGCUGGCAGCAGCAGAGGAAAACAUUGAGGUGGCACGUGCAGCCCGCCUCGCCCAAAUCUUCAAAGAGAUCUGUGAUGGCAUCAUCUCCUACAAAGAUUCUUCCCGACAAGCUCUGGCAGCACCCCUUCUGAACCUCCCCCCAAAGAAAAAGAAUGCUGAUUACUACGAGAAGAUCUCCGAGCCCCUGGACCUGGCCACCAUAGAGAGGCAGAUCCUCACUGGCCAUUACAAGACCGUGGAGGCCUUUGAUGCUGACAUGCUCAAGGUGUUUCGGAAUGCCGAGAAGUACUAUGGGCGUAAAUCCCCAAUUGGGAGAGAUGUUUGCCGCCUACGGAAGACCUACUACAAUGCCAGGCACGAGGCAUCAGCUCAGAUUGAUGAGAUUGUGGGAGAGACAGCAAGUGAGGCCGACAGCAGCGAGACGUCAGUCUCCGAGAAGGAGAACGUGCACGAGAAGGACGACGAUGUGAUCCGCUGUGUCUGCGGCCUGCACAAGGAUGAAGGCCUCAUGAUCCAGUGCGACAAGUGCAUGGUGUGGCAGCACUGUGACUGUCUGGGCGUGAACUCAGACGUGGAGCACUACCUUUGUGAGCAGUGUGACCCAAGGCCUGUGGACAGAGAGGUACCCAUGAUUCCUCGGCCCCACUAUGCCCAGCCUGGCUGUGUCUACUUCAUCUGUUUGCUCCGAGAUGACUUACUGCUUCGUCAAGGCGACUGCGUGUACCUGAUGCGGGAUAGCCGGCGCACGCCUGACGGCCACCCAGUCCGCCAGUCCUACCGACUGUUGUCGCACAUUAACCGAGACAAACUGGACAUCUUCCGCAUUGAGAAGCUUUGGAAGAAUGAAAAAGAGGAACGGUUUGCCUUUGGUCACCACUAUUUCCGCCCGCACGAGACCCACCACUCUCCGUCCCGCCGCUUCUAUCACAACGAGCUGUUUCGGGUGCCACUCUACGAGAUCAUUCCCUUGGAGGCUGUGGUGGGGACCUGCUGUGUCCUGGACCUUUAUACGUAUUGUAAAGGGAGACCCAAAGGAGUGAAGGAGCAAGAUGUGUACAUCUGUGACUAUCGGCUUGACAAGUCCGCACACUUGUUCUACAAGAUCCACCGGAACCGCUAUCCUGUCUGCACCAAACCCUACGCCUUUGACCACUUCCCCAAGAAGCUCACUCCCAAAAGAGAUUUCUCACCUCAUUACGUCCCAGACAACUACAAGAGGAACGGAGGGCGGUCAUCCUGGAAGUCCGAGCGCCCAAAGCCACCCCUAAAAGACCUGGGCCAGGAGGAUGAUGCUCUGCCCCUGAUUGAAGAGGUUUUGGCCAGCCAGGAGCAAGCCGCCGACGAGGUGCCCAGCCUGGAGGACCCAGAACGGGAGGGGGCCCUUGCUGAGGUCAGCGAGGGUGAAAAGAAGCGAGAGGAGAGGAGUCAGGAGUCCCAGCCUGCCUGUAGCCCUGAGGAGCGACGGCACAGCCAGCGGGAACGACUCAACCAGAUCUUACUCAGUCUCCUUGAAAAGAUCCCUGGGAAAAAUGCCAUCGACGUGACCUACUUGCUGGAGGAAGGGUCAGGCAGGAAGCUGCGAAGGCGUACUUUGUUCAUCCCAGAAAACAGCUUUCGGAAGUGACCGUCAAAGGAGAAGCUUGAGCAUCUGCGAUCAGUGGAGCUAACAGUCCUGCCUCUUGUCCUCUGAGUGUAGACAGGGGUGGGAAGGGUCCGUCCGGCAAGGGGAAGGGGCCAUGUCGUUGACGUUAGGUACUUCAUAAAUCUUGGAGCUAGUGGAGAGGAGGGGAGUCUGUCUAAACAGUUCAGUUUAAUUUGUUUUCCUCUCCACCGCUUCCCCCCCCCCCCAGGGUUCGUGAUGGGAGGAGGACGGAGCACACGGCGGGGGGCGGGGGGGGGGGUGACCGGAGCCUUGUGGUACUUUACAGCACUCGCCCCUGCCCCCAGCUCGGGUCUUUCUGGGCCAUGCUCCGGUCCCACAGGCACUGCUGCCAGGCUGCUUCCUCUACCAGGUGUCACUCCCAGUCCCUCAGGAGGAUGUCCCCACCCCACCCCGCCUCUCCUCUGUGGGUUCCAAGAGCUAGCCCGGAGACCUCAAACAGAAACAGUAGCUGGGGCCUCUUUCCAGAUAGAUCCUUGACCAGGAAAGUUUCUCUCUCCUUUCUUGCCCAAUCAGGUCAAAGUAAAACGUGAACUGACAAGUCCAAGCACUUGUGUCUGCCGCCCUUCUCCCUACCUCUCCUCCCCGGACUGUAAUCCUGGAAUAGGGAAGGCCCCCAUGGGGUCAGAGGGCACAGGACGUUCGGUCGUGAUUUUCGUUUGACCCUUCCUAACCCGCCAAACCUGUUUGUUUCUGAGGAGAAGGCCGGGCCCCCGCCCGCCCGGGUGCCGCCCCACUGUGGCUUGCGGGUCCGCUGUGUCGCUGUGUCGCACGAACACAGCCGCCCUCCGAGCCGACGCAGCGCCCCCGGGAAGCCGACUCCCCCGCCACGAGUCACUGCACAGGCUGUUGAGCAGUGCUCGCCGGCCAGUGUUUGUCGUGAGUGUGCACCAUCACUUGAAAACACUACUCUCGUUUUCCUCGUUGCUCGGUUUUCAGUGUCCACCUCCCAGAGACAGUGCGCGCCCCGCCCGUCCCGUCUCCUCCAGCCUGGUGGGGACAGCGGCAGCGGGCGGGACGUCAGGAUGUCGCUCUCCUUCCCAUUCUCUUGGCCAGAAGCUACCAGACGAUACCGUCUCUUUAAAAAUAAAAUUUAAAAAGCUUUGCUUUGUUGUCUUCUCAGACACACAUAUGCAUAUGCGUUUUAGAUGUUCUUUAAGAGAAAAGAUGGUUUUCAAACGUGCCAAGUUGUGUGUGUGUGUGUGUGCGCGUCUGCUGCGCGGCCAGGAAGCAAUAGAGCAGGAAACACAUGGCGUCGCUUCCCGCUAAGCCCGGACCAACGCUGUCCUCACUGUACAUUUCCCCGAUGAUGACGACGCUCUGACUUGUUUAGGUAGAAACAUUGACACCUUCCAUUCCAUUGAAUCUUCUUUUCUUUUUCUCCUUUCUAUGUCAAUCUUAAGGGAAAAAAAACAAAACAGAACAAAAGAGACAGGGGACGCCAAAGAUCCCCUUGAGCAGAGAAAAAGCAGAAUAAAUAUUUUAUUAAAGAAAAGAGAAUUAAGAAAAUAGUUUGGAGUAUUUUCUUACUGUAGAGAAGCACUGUACAUUACGACGAGACCUGGGUAUCAGAUACUCACGUGUGGAGCUGGGAACGUCGCAUGUCCACGCCCAUCUAAGUGGUUUCUUUUGGUUUUCAUUGCAGGGAGCUGGGUGGGAGGGAGGUGGGGAAUAGGGGCACUUUGGGGGUCUCCUUUUAGUCAAAAAGCAGGAAAAUGACAAGAAAGAGAUUAAAAUUCAAUAUUUCCUUGAAUAGUGUUAAACACUAAAAUUUUAAAAAAGAAAAAAGAAAAACGAAAAAAACUUUGUAAAAUAUGAGAACAGAAGCAAAAGACACUACGCUGUCAUUUUAUCUUUCUUUUGUUGAAAGACUAAAAACCGAAAUGUUUUUUAGACAAUCAAAUGUUAGGUAAGUGCAAAAACUUGUUUUUUCUUACUGGUGUAGAAAUUAAUGCCUUUUUUUAUUUUUCGGUUAUUUUAUAAUAAUGAAAUAAAAAGAACCCCCUAGCUGCCAGGUGGGUUUUGGUGUUUGAAAUGCGGGGCAAAGCACUACAUCACUGCAAAUAGAUACAGAGUUAGUCUGCAUGUCUGUAGGCUGUGUGAUUGCGGAAAAUAUAAAUGCUGCUAAUAUAUUUCCUUUUUACAAAAGCAUAUCUAAAUAGAUGAUUGUUUUGAUGUUAAUCUUUGUAAAUUAUGUAUUACCAAUUUUAACAUUGGAUGUAAUUGCAUAAAAAGCUUGCAUCUCAAUCCUUGAAAGUCUAGUAUUAAAUGGAAAAAACUUUUCCUAACAA